ACAGCACGCAUCCCCCCUGGUGUCAACGAAUGUUCUGAGGCCCUGAUCACACCUUGUGAACUAUGGUGAUGUGAAAUGCAUUUCAUACAGUGUUUCUCUUUGUUCCCAGUACUUGAAGGAAAGUAAUCGAAGUGGCAGCUUAGGAGACGAGUCAGAGAGUAUUUCAGUCAUGGCUACAAUGUUUCUCAUACGAGCAGAGGCCGUAACUAGAUGCUAGCCAAGUGUCACGGACAUGCGGCGGCUCAGAGGUGCUAUACAAGCCGUAUGCAUAUAAGCGGUCUGUGAGUGAACCAAAUGUAUCACCAUUUGCAGUAUUUCGGCCCAGGACCCGCUCUAAAUGCUCCGAGGUAUCGUUUUGGCUCAAAUACACUGCAGAAGACAUUCCAAAUACUUUUUGUACCCCUUGGGUGCUCCGAGUAUCGGUCAUAUACAUUUCUGUACUCGCGCCGCCUCAAUAUUCGCUCUGGACACUCCCAUAGCUUAAAUAAGCCACAGAAGUGUCGUACACGCUCUCCGUUUGCCUACCUAUGCCUUCUGUACAGCCGCAUUCUGGAGGUUUCCCUGGCAUCCCCUUCACGUCUGUCUUCAUUUCUCUGGUCAUAACUGGUAAGUACUAUCAUUAUAUUUACUUUCUGCUUCGUUCUGACUAUCCUAUCCAAC